AUGGACGAAAGAAAUCAGAUACCAGGUUCCCAUCGCCGAAUCUUUCUUUUCGCGCAGCCCAGAACAACCUCAUAUCUAUUGACUCAAAUGCUCGGCCUCAAGGGCCAGCCGCGUGUUCAUUGGGAACCAUCUUGUGUUUCCGUCUUUGCACCAAUUGCCGGGCUCUUGAUUGAGUUGGAAGAUAAACCGGUGGAACAGUGGACAGCUGAUGAAAAAAGCCGCGUCAGAGCUGGCUUCCAACAGGCUUUCGAUGCUCUAGAUCGGUACCUCCGUGACGGAGAGACAAGAGACAAGAUUGUCUUUGCAAAAGAUCAUUGCAACCUAAUGUGGAAUCCGGCUGCUGGUGACGGUAAACGCAGCACCGCGCCCGGGGAUCCUUACUUCACCGUUGGCCCACCCGAUGAAGUAGUCGACGAAGCAACGACGGUCAAGAACCCGACAAUCCUUCCAGACGGGUAUCUGGGCUCUUGGAUACCCGUCUUUCUGAUAAGGCACCCCGCUCUGGUAUUUCCCUCGUUCUGUCGAGGUGCGUUGGAGGCCGCCGCCCAGAGUACUCUCUGUCACGACAGGAUGAAGAUAGGCAAGCACCUACGGGAGCAAUUGUCAUUCUCUUACACACGGUGUCUAUACGAUUGGUAUACCAACUAUUUCCGCGAGAUGGGCGAGAAAGACGGCGCAAGCCCAACAAGCCCUGUUCUCCUCGAUUCAUCCGACCUCAUCAACGAACCCCGGCUUGUUUUUGCACUCGCCGAGAAGCUAGGGCUGGACCAGUCCAAGGUCCAAUUCACGUGGGACUCGGGGGGUUAUUCAUAUGCCGAUGAAUCAAAAAACAUAUUCCGUCGCACUCUCAACUCGUCUACUGGUGUUAUCAAGAACAAAGCAGUUGUUGAUCCGAAUAUGGUUGUGCUAGAGCAAAAGUGGAAGGAAGAGUUUGGAGACGAGCUGAAGGAUGUGAUAUCGAAUUGUGUCCGGGCUGCAAUGCCAGACUAUGAGUAUCUUAGAGACAAGCGGCUCCGUAUUCCUUGA